AGGAGAGGAGGAGGAAGAGGAGGUGGACAGGAGGAGGAGGAAGAGGAGAUGUUCGGGUGGAUGAGUCGACUCGGAGUGAGGUGUCUCUGUCGCUGCUCCUCCUUUGGCGAGGAGGAGGAGGAGGAGGAGGAGGAGGGGGAAGAGAAGGGAAGGAGGAAUGAGGAAGAGCUGGACCAGGAGAAGGAGGAGCAGCAGGAGGAGAUGAUGACGAUGGAGGCGUCAGGAAGGAGCAGGAGUACGGCCUCGCUGCCACCCUCCGAGUCGGACGGCCCCCCCUCCAGACCGCCCCCCCACUGGUUCCACACCCUCCAGACCCGCAGGGUGAAGAGGGGGCGGAGCAACAGCGACCCCCUGGGGGGCAAAGACGCGGAGCCAGACUUCCAGUGGCGACCCGGUCUCCAGUUCGGGACGGCCAACUCCUACCUGAACCUGGAGAAGCUGGGGGAGGGGACGUACGCCAUCGUCUACAAGGGCAUCAGCAGGAUCAACGGCCAUCUUGUUGCCCUGAAGGUGAUCCGCAUGAAGACAGAGGAGGGGGUCCCCUUCACCGCCAUCAGAGAGGCCUCCCUCCUGAAGGGUCUGAAACAUGCCAACAUCGUCCUCCUCCACGACAUCAUCCACGAGGCCGAGUCGCUCACCUUCGUCUUCGAGUACGUGCAGACCGACCUGAGCCAGUACAUGACAGAGCACCCCGGGGGGCUGCACUCCCACAACGUCAGGGUGACCAAGACCAUCUUUAACUGCUACUCAAAGGGUAAUUCCGGUGUAAAGGUGACCAAGACUAUCUUCGCCAUCCUGCUGGCCUUCAUCCUGACUUGGACGCCGUACAACGUGAUGGUGCUGAUCUCCACCUUCUGCCAGUCCUGCGUCCCGGACACCGCCUGGGCCAUCGGCUACUGGCUCUGCUACGUCAACUCCACCAUCAACCCCGCCUGCUACGCCCUAUGCAACGCCACCUUCAAGAAGACCUUCAAGAACCUCCUGCUGUGCCAGUACAAGAACAUUGGCACCCGAUGA